AUCUACCGGCGAGCGGCGUUAAUCGUGCGCGAACCGCGAACCAGACUGCAACAUUCUUGUUCGGCUCAUAUCGGUUGUUUUUGAUAGUUUGUGAUAGAUAGCUGGAGGAAUCGAUUCGGCAGAUAACCGGAAACACACCGCUUUUCGACGCCAUUGGCCUGAGCUGCCUAGCUUUGGUGAUACCCACAGAAGAAUAAUCCAGCAACAGGAUGACGCGGGUUCUAGCGAUCGCCAUCGUGGCACUGGUUGCUACGGCACGGGCCCAGGACGAUUUGGACGCGUUGUUUGAGUCUGUUUUCAACAAUCCGGACAGCCCCAGUGGAAAUAACAACAACAACCAAGAUAACACCAAAAAUCCUCCGCCAGCUCCAGUGCCAACUCCUCCACCACCACCAGUUGCCCCAACACCACCGCCAGUCUACACAUGCAGUGGUGAAUGUGUGCCGUACUAUCUCUGCAACAACAACGAGAUCAUUACUGACGGAACCGGAAUUAUUGACAUCCGUGUUGGUGAGGACACAACCCAGGAGAAUGAAUGUCCCAACUAUUUGGACACCUGUUGUGAGAAGAAAGAUGUGAUUACCGAUAUUCCGGAUAACUACACACCUGCCCCACCGCCAAACAAUUUCUAUAGCUGUGGAAUGCGUAAUGCCGACGGUCUCGGUUUCAGAAUCACCGGUAACAAGAACGGAGAAUCCGAGUACGGCGAGUUCCCAUGGAUGUUGGCCGUAUUGCGCGAAGAUAAGGUUAUGGACUCUACGCUCAAUGUGUACGAGUGCGGAGGUUCGCUGAUUGCCCCGAAUGUGGCUAUUACUGGAGCCCACUGUGUGAACAACAAGCCCAAGGAAGCGCUGCUGGUCCGUGCUGGAGAAUGGGACACUCAGACCAAGAACGAACUGUACCCGCAUCAGGAUCGCCGCGUCCGUGAGAUCAUCAUCCACGAAAGGUUCCAGAAGGGAUCGUUGGCCAACAACAUCGCUCUGCUGAUCCUGGACCAGCCGUUUGACCUCGCCGAAAACAUCCAGCCGGUUUGCUUGCCACCAAAGAACUACAAAUUCGAUGGAAACCGAUGCUUCGCGUCUGGCUGGGGCAAGAAUGUAUUUGGCAAGGAAGGAAAAUACCAGGUUAUCCUGAAGAAGGUUCAGCUUCCGGUUGUGUCCCACGAGCAAUGUCAGCAAUCCCUCCGCAAGACCCGUCUGGGCAAUCGUUUCCGUCUAGACCCAAGCUUCCUGUGCGCUGGAGGUACCAAGAAUGAGGAUACCUGCCGUGGUGAUGGAGGUUCUCCAUUGGUUUGCCCGAUCGCAUCUUCGCCAACGCACUUCUAUCAGGCCGGUAUCGUAUCGUGGGGUAUUGGAUGCGGUGAGGACGGAAUUCCUGGAGUUUACGCUAAUAUCGCUGCUCUGCGCGACUGGAUCGAUCAGAAGCUGGCCCAGCAAAAGAUUGAAGCUAAACAUUACACUUUUGGCGCCUAGGGAUGCCCGUGAUGCAUAUUGACAAUAUUAUUUUAAAUUAGUCGACAAGGAUAUUGAUACCAAGAUGAAAUAAAACAUCCAACAUCAGCGUAACGAUGAAUGGACGAUUGUAAA